AAACGAACAGGAAGAUAGGCAGCAACGCCUUCCUCUGCCGUUGCGUUCAAAUCGAUAAACAUGCUGACUAUACAAUCUUUCUUGAUCGCUCUCGCAUGUACUAGCGCUUGCUUUUAUACCCAUGUUUCGGCGUUCGCACCCUUAACCCUUGGGAGGGCACCCGCCUUUGUGCUGAGCGCCGGCGGUUUCGAAUGGGAGGAUCCCAGCGAAGCUUUCGACCAAGGGGUUGAGAACCCUUUCAAGAGUGAGGUACUCGUUGGUAGUGACGAAAAAAUUAAAUCGUCCGCCGGUCGCCUACUUGGACCUCGAUUAAAUGGUUCCAACGUCUAUUUCGUCGGAAUCAUGGGAUCUGGGAAAUCGGCGGUUGGCGACAUCCUUGCCAGGAGAAUGGGGACGUACAAUUUUCUCGAUACUGACGAAAUAAUCGAAAGAGCAACAGGAAUGACGAUACCUGAAAUAUUCAAAGCAGAAGGUGAAGAAGGCUUUCGAACGGUGGAAGCGCAAGUUUUGGACUCGGUACACCCAUACGUCCGUUGUAUCAUAAGCACUGGCGGCGGAAUCGUCAUCAAAUUGGAAAAUUGGUCAAAACUUCAAACUGGUCUCGUGGUUUGGCUGGAUUGUGAGCCCGAGGUUAUCAUGAGACGAAUUGAAGGAACAGACCGACCAUUGUUACAGACCGACAACCCCUUACAAAAGCUGAAAGACUUACUGGCAGAGCGAGAGGAUAAGUACAGUCAGGCUGAUAUCCGUAUCAAAGUGACGGAAGACAUGGACACAGAACACGUUGCUGAUCUAGCUAUUCGAGAAUUACACAAUUUUAUCGACGAGAAUCCUCCUGCAUGGAAACUAGCGAAAUCAAAGGCUCAGGCUGAAGGGCUGGACUGGGUGAAAUGAUCAUGGUAAGCUAGCAGCUUUAUAUGCUACUCUGUAGCUUCGUUAAUUUAAAAGAACGCAUACUACUUGUUU